CGACAUUGUUAUGGGCCGAAUCACGAUCGUCCGCCUUUGAUCCUGAUCGAAUGCGCCGUGCAGCAAUAAUCGGGCCUUGGACACGGAUAUUUUUUGAUCAACACGCACGAUAUGGCAGGCAUCUUUACGUGGCUAUGGGACUGGUUACUAUGGAUGUUCUGGGCUACAGAGAUGGAUGUGACGAUCGUUGGUUUACAGAACGCUGGCAAGACGAGUCUCGUGAGAGUCCUUGCGGGAAAUGAAUUCACCGUCGAUUCGCUGCCGACGGUGGCCUUCAACAAAAAAGAGGUCAAAAAAGGCCAUGUGUCUAUCAAAUGUUGGGAUCUCGGAGGUCAGCCCCGGUUUCGAUCUAUGUGGGAGCGUUACUGUAGAGGAGUCAACGCUAUCAUCUUUGUGGUCGAUGCUGCGGACAAAGAUGCCAUACCUGUUGCUAAGGAGGAACUGCACGCACUUCUAAGCAAACCGACUCUGGAUGGAAUCCCUCUACUUGUGCUCGGCAACAAAUCAGACCUUCCGAAUAAGCUGUCGGUCGACGAAUUGAUAGACCAGCUGGACCUGAAGUCGGUCGUUCAUCGCGAGAUCAGCUGUUACGGAAUCAGUGCCAAAGAAGAGACGAACCUGGAAGCAGUACUUCAAUGGCUUGUAGCACGGUCAGGAAAGUGAGAGAAGAUGAUGGGAUUCUCGUUAUGUUUCAGGCUACAGCCUUGCACCAGUCAUGGCAAUUACGACCAGUUUGCACGAUUACGCAUACGCAUUUGCAUGCCUAAGGACAGGACAUUGGCACAAGCACAGCAUCAGACAGCAUCCUGAAAUGCUUACCGAAUGCCGCCUAACCGACAUCCUCUCCAUUAAACUUGCAUGUCGAGGUCAGACGAGGACGGUGUGAUCAUGGUGGCCGACCGAGGAAUAUCGAGGAGAACCGGUUUGGCUUACGGGGGGAGCACAGCGAAUUGUGACGCGUUGGCCAAGAGCAUCGCCUCUUCUUGGUUACGGAAUAGAGGCGCCAUGCCAAGGUGCGAUGACCGGAACAUUUGAUCUGGCGAUCGAAGGGCGAGUUGAAUAAAGAGCUCAAGCGAACCUCGUGAGGGCCAGAUGCGAAGGAUUAUCUGAACCUAAGAGCAUAUCCACGAGGCUGGCUUCGCCUUUUGAUGCUUGACGAGGGGACAGGUGCUUUGAAUGUGCAGGCAUGAUGCGAGGACCGCCGAGGACCUCGACCUUUUCAGUGGGAUGGCACAGACCAAUUAGAUAAUCGAUAGUGGCAUACGGAGCACCAGCUAGCUGUUCAGUGUUGCUGCGCCACCGUGAUGGGGUUUCAUGGUGGGCGCAUGGUGAUGGUGAUGAAUGAUGCAACCAAC